AUGGUCACGGUGCCGCUGUCGCCCACCACCUACGACGACAAUGAUUCCGACGCCACCGUCACCACGACGGCCCCCAAACCGGAGAUUACCGUACAAAAGACACGAGACAGCGGCCGAAUAGGGGGACCAGACCAGCAGCAGAGCCUGGACGCGGUGCUGAACGGCUCCGGCGACUCUCCCGCAGAGACGACAAACGAACAAAAAUCCAAAGAGGAAGAAAAGGCGCAGGCGUCGGAAGAGCAGUCGCGCACGCGCAGCAGCAGCUCGGCGUCCGACGGCAACAAUGAGGUUGACUGGGCGCAGCUGGACCGCAAAGAAGAAAGCGUCGAGCGCGACGAGGGAUCAGACGAAAAGACUGCGCUUCUGCUGGCACGGCUGGAGCAGGAAAACGCGGCGCUGGCACACGACCCCAAGGCUGGGCUGAAUCGGCCACGGGUGCGCAGCCAAUCGAGGCCGCCGUCGAUGAAGCAGUUGCAGAAGCUGGUCGAGGCCAAGCGUGGUGAGGAAGAGCUGCGCUACUCGCGACUGCCCUCGCCGCCGCCCAUGACGGAGCUCGAGUUCUGGGCAGCGCUCGUGCGCGACUACCCGACAACGGCCCAGCGCCUGCCCACCCUGACGGCCAACAAGAUCCGCGCCGGUAUUCCAGGCCCCCUGCGCGGCGUGACCUGGCUGAGCAUGGCCGGUGCCCGCGACCGAGCCAUCGAGGAACGCUACGAUCAGCUCAGCUCCGAGAGCUCGCCCUACGAGAACCUUAUCGGCAAGGACAUUGGCCGCUCCUUCCCCGGCGUCGACAUGUUCCGCGACCCGGAGGGCGAGGGCCAGAAGAUGCUGGCCCGCGUGCUCAAGGCCUUCAGCUUGUACGACGACAAGAUCGGCUACUGCCAGGGCCUGGGCUUCCUCGUUGGCCCGCUGCUGAUGCAAAUGGGCGACAAGGAGGCCUUCUGCGUGCUGGUGCGUCUGAUGGAAGACUACGACUUGCGCUCGUGCUUCCUGCCCGACCUCUCGGGCCUGCACCUGCGCAUCUACCAGUUCCAGCGCCUGCUGCACCAGCACAUGCCCAAGCUUGCCCAGCACCUCGACGACCUGCAGAUCGAGGCGGCCUAUCUGUCGCAGUGGUUCCUGUCCUUCUUCGCCGUCACCUGCCCGCUGCCCAUGCUGUUCCGCAUCUACGAUGUCAUCUUCGCCGAGGGCGCCUCGGAAACGCUCAUGCGCGUUGCCCUGUCGAUUAUGAGCCGCAACGAGAAACGCAUCCUGGCCUUCACCGAGUUUGAAGACGUCAUGCAGUUGUUGUUGUCGCGCGCCCUAUGGGACCCUUACGGCUGUAAUGCCCACUCCGCCGACGAUCUUGUCAAGGAUUUCGUUAGUUUCACUAGUGUCGCAACACGCGAGGUCCUGCAGAAUCUCGAGCAGAGCUUCACCUCAGGGGAAGACUCGUCUGCCAAAACAAACUUCUUCGCCGAUGUCCAGAGUGCCGCCUCACGUUUCCUCGGCCGCAUGUGGUCGGCCCAAGAGAAACGCAACACCACUGCCACCCUUAGUCCGCCCAACAACUCGUCGGCGCCCGCACCCGCCCGUCCAGUCAGCUUCCUGCGCCGCACGCCUUCGAAGCAGAGCAUCGCGUCGACCCUGAACUCGGUCGACGUCGGCACCGACAGCUCCGGCAGCCACAACAGCACCGCCACCGCCAUGACCGAGAUUACCGUCCCGUCGCGCGAGUCGCGCGCCGUCUCCAGCAAGGACCGCGACCUCCACACACAGAUUGAGGAGCUGCUCACGGCCCUCAGCGAGAUGCAGCACAAGCAUGCCGAGGCCAUGGCCGACCUGCAGAGCGUCAAUGAAGCUCGCAAGGAAGACCACCGCAUCGUGCGCACCCUCAUCGACCGCGUCAAGGCCGAACGCAGAACCGCUGCCACGACCCCAGCCACAUCCAAGGAAGCCCGCCGCCGCACCGCCCCCAUCAACCCCGACAAGACCCCCGUCCUCACCCCGCCGACCCCAGAGACCCUCAAGGACCCCACCCCCACAAACGCAGACAGCCCAAUGCCCCUCCCCGAAGACGUCCUCAACAUGGUCGACGAGGUCGACACGCGCUUCAAGCCUGGCAGCUACCACCACCGCAACGCCAGCCGCUUCGAGACCAAGCAGUACCUGCGCGACUCGAUUGAGCGAGUCAAGGAGCAGCUGCACCUCGAGUCGACGCGUAGUCAGAGCUUGUCGCGGCAGCUGCUCGACGCCGAGUCGGAGAGCAGCAGCCUGCGCUCGCAGCUCGACGAGGCGCGACACCGGCUGCAGGACUCGUACGCGGAGCGGCAGCGGCUGGAACGCGUCGCGCGCCAGUCGCGCAAGGCCAGCACGUGGAGCAGCUCGUCGGGCCAGUACGACACGAUCGAGGUGCCGAAGCUGACGCGCAGCGACACGUCGGACAGCACCAUGAGCAGUACGUCGUCGUCGGGCAAGGGUUUGCGCGAGUUCAAGCUGUCCCGUACAGCGUCGGGCCGCAGUGCCAAAAACACUCACAACUCGGGUGUCUUCGGCGGCUUCGGCUUCCAGCGCAUCAGCCCCACGCCAAACACGUCAGCCCAGGCGACGUCGCCGGUGCACCCCCGCAACUCGUCGCCGAACCCUCCGACGACGACCAUUACCGAGGAGGAGCCGCCCGUGCCGACGCAGACGCCCAAGUGGGCCAAGCGCAGCAGCAGCCUCAGCGCGCGCGCCGUCCUGGGCGCCACAUCGUCGCUCAAUGGCAACAGCAACGGCAACGGCGGCGCCAACAGCGGCAACGCCGAGGCCGACACGCUGCUGCUGGAGCUCGUCAACGCCAAGACGGCCGAGGCGGUGGCGCGGCAGGAGCUCGAGGAGCUGCGCGUGCGCUUCGACUCGAUGCGCAAGAUGCUGGGCGUGUCGACGCCGGCGGGCGCGCUGAGCCCGCAGAGCGCGAGCACGACGCCCAGCGCGCACCGGGCGAGCACGGCUAGCGAGGCGAGCAGCAUCGGCGGCUUCUUCGCCAGCAAGGAAGUGCCGGUCAAGACGCCGACGAGCGCGUCGGGCGGCAGCGCGGCAACGACGCCGGGCAGCAGCACCGGCGGCGGCGGCGGCUUCUGGGGCUGGGGCAAGCGCAGCGUGAGCUCGGCGGCGGUGCCGACGGUCGAGAGCAAGUAA